AUGUCUUUCAAGUAUUUAUCGCAAAAAGUGGCUCAAGCCAUCGAUGAGGAAUUGAUGUCAGCAGCAGGAGGAUUCUCGGUCGAUCAGUUGAUGGAAUUAGCUGGUUUGAGUGUGGCUCAAGCAGUGCAGAAAUCGUUUGACAAGAAAAAGUAUUCGCGUGUUCUCGUGUGCAUUGGACCUGGCAACAAUGGUGGCGACGGACUUGUGGCCGCUCGCCAUUUGUAUCAUUUUGGUUACAAGCCUUCGUUAUACUAUCCCAAGAAACCAAAGAAAGAAUUGUACGAGCGUUUGUUAACUCAGUGUCAUAAUUUGGACUUGCAAGUGUUCGAAAGCGACUUUAAGACACACCUGGAGAAAUCGGAUGUGAUUAUUGAUGCCUUAUUCGGCUUCAGUUUCCAUGGGGAUCCGCGAGAUCCUUUCAAGGAUGUGGUCGAGGCCUUUGAAAAGACCGAUCGACCGAUUGUGUCGGUUGAUAUCCCCUCGGGAUGGGAUGUGGAACAGGGGCCGACCGACAAGGUCAAAUUCCAGCCUCAGGUGCUGGUUUCAUUGACCGCACCUAAACUGUGUGCCAACCACUUUAAAGGUCAACGCCACUUUAUCGGCGGCCGGUUUGUGCCUCCGUCCGUGGCCCAAAAAUUCGAAUUCGAAGUUCCCACUUACCCAGGCGCAGAGCAGGUUGUUGAAGUCUAA